UUUGCUGGCAUCACACUACAGUCCCAACAGCAAUGGCUUCUCUGUGGAAACAUUUAUGGAUCUUCGUCCUUCAUUUGGAUUCAUCUGCCUCAUUCCAGCAGCAACCUGCCAGCAGCAAAACAUCUGUAGUCCAAGAGAGCAACAUGAGGAUGAGGAAUGAAGAACAGUUGGUCUUUGCUGUGGAACUGGAGAAUCUACAUCUUUCCCAGAGAAAGUUACUUCAAACUACAGGAGCUGCACUUCCCUUCUCUCCUCUGAAGGUGGAGUCGAAUGGAGAACCCUGUAUUCUGUUCCAAGCCAGGAAAUUUUCUCUUCGCUUUGAGAAGCAGAAACCGGUGGAUCUGACGGAGCUCACCUUUUCUCCUCAGAAGCUUGUCGACACCAGGGAGUCGCUCUGCCAGCAGGAAACGGCCACGCUGGUCAUGAGGUUUGGAGAUGUGGAGAAUUUAGGAGACUUGUCAAUCAGAUUUCAGCUGUCCAACACAUUUUACGAGUCUUCAGGUCAGUGGUGGUUCUCAGUGGACAGAGUCUCUGUUUUAACCAACUCUUCUGAGGUCGUCUUCAACGCCACAGACGUUUACGCUCCGGCCUCCUCGUCCUACCGCUGCCUGCACGUCAGCAGUCUGCAGAGAUACAGCGGCCUCUUACUGCCCAGCACUGAGCAGGCACAGCGCUGGGCCAUCACCUUCAUCGACUUCCAGAUCCAAGCAUUCAACAUCAGCUCAGGGAGGUUCUCUCCUGCAAGCAACUGCAGCACCGUCCUGACCCCGGCCAUCCUGAUGGGCCUCAUCACAUCCCUCAUCCUGCUGCUGGUUCUGGCCUACGCCCUGCACAUGGUCGUUCACCUGAAACACAUCGAGCAUGACGACGAUCAAAAAGCCGACAUCUACUUCCCUCAAAGCCCAGAGCAGCUGGACCGAUGCUGUGAGGAAAGCUGCACGGAGAAGAACGGGAUGUAAAGAAAGAGACACAGCAGUGGAUAAAACCAGCGUAUUAUAUGCUUUCUGCUCAGGAUUUCCUUUUUUUAACA